CAUCAUGCCAUCUAGCUCGCUGAUGAAGAGUGAACGACGCCGUAGUCUGCCUCGAUAUCUCCAUCUUUCCAUCUGCAAAGCAUGGCAGAUAGCAUAGAUCUUUAUGUCCAGCGGCUAUCUAGCGCAAGUAGUCUGCAAGAUGUCCCGGGGCCACCUACACCCUCGAAUUCCUCAGAGGUUGACAAAUGCUACCGGGCUCUAACGGCCUUCCUCGACAGGCAUCCAACCGAGCGAGACGCCGUCCUGCAAGUUGCCUCCAAAUUUCCAUCAGCUUCUAAAUGGUCAGCUCAGCUGCUGGAUUGGGCUCAGGCCCCUGGCGCGCCUCAGGACGACAUCAUCAUGUUCUGUGUCGCUAGUCUCAUGGACGAGCCCUCAGCCGCAGAGCGGUGGUUCAAAGAUCUUCGGAUUGCACAGCAGCCAAGGAUGAGUCGCGUAUUCAGGGAGUUGGCUCAGUACGACGCAGAGGCCUUCCUCGCAUACUGCGAGCGAUCCCUUCGUCUGGAUCCAGAAUCAAGGCUAGACAUUUGCGUGAUGCUUCUUGAUAUCGUAUCUCAACCCAGUAAUCGAAAUAUCUUCUCGACACUAGCCAAGCACUCUGCUCUCAGGAGCCUUCUUGACAGUCUGCUUUAUGACGUUAGCAAUCAAGUUUUCGCUAUCGUGCUCCGCUUGUUCACCCUGGUUAUACCGUACGCCUUGGCUUCACUCACAAACAGUGUGCCUCUUCUCAUGGUAGUGCUGGGUCGAGCAGUCAACUGGCGCGAUCGGCCCUUCGUCGAUGGCACGAGAGCAGGCCGUGAGGGGACGACGUCCACUCCUCGUCCUAUAGAGUCGACAACUUGGAAAGUGCUUCACCAGGAUUAUCAGAUCGACUUACCCAGCCACCUUCAGCCUCAUGCCGCCGUGAGAAUGUUUCUCGCAACAGUUUACAACGCUUGGCCCUCGAAUAUACUUGCUUUCGUGCGGGACCCUGUCCCGUACAUACAGGGCAAGCAGAUAGAGCCCAUAUACAACGUGCCGUGGCCUGAGGUGUGGCCCAUCCACAGCCUCGCAGAAAGGGCAGGCCCUCUGCUUUGCAAGUUCCAACUUCAUCCAUCCUUAGUCGAGCAUACGUCGACAGCGGAGCUGGAGGACAAGUCUCGAUGGGACAAGGUGGACCCCUCAGAAUUCACCGCCCGCGCUCACGCCCUAGCCCACGCCGAGCUGCUCACGAUCGAGGAAAGUCGGGCAGAUAUGACCGAGGAGCACAAAAGAGGUAUAGGCCAACCCUCACAUCCGAGCGGUGGGCAAGAGGAGGGAGAUGUCUCUCGCCUUUGUCGAGAGGUUGAUCUGCUGCGGGCCGAGCAGCGUCACAGUCAGCAACUUCAAGAUCAGUAUUUGUCCCAUAUCGGACGUCUACAUCAAGAGACUCUUCGCUUUGACUUCGAGGAGGCAGAAAUUAAUGGCAUGGCUAUGCGUCUCAAGGAUCAGAGUAAGACGAUAGAGACCUUGAAUACCGAACUCGCUGCGCAACAUCAUUCGGCUACCAAGGCACAUCAGAAGCAUGUCAAGUGGCAGGGCCAAUUGCGGGAUCGGCUCGGCUCGAUGCGAGACGAACGAAAGGCAGAACAGGCGGAAGCUGUGCGACUCCGUAGCGAGCUCUCGGAAGCAUGGGCGAUCGUGAAGCGGCAGAGCGAUGAGCUAGCCUUGGAGAAGAACGAACGCGCGAAAAUAGAGAACGAAGCUCUGGAAAUGCGACCGAAAGUUCUCCGUAUCGGCGACUACGAGACUCGCAACAAGCAACUGACUGAUUCGCAACGUUUAUGGGAUUCUGACGUCAAACGACGCAAGGAGGCCGAAGCUCAGGCGAAGACGUGGGAGACUCGAUAUCACCAGCUGAACGGAGUUCUUUCCUCAACGCUGAGCGAGUCGAAGGCAAGGGCGGAGCUCUUGCUGUAUGUAUGGGGAUGGCGAGUCCAGACUGAUAUGGUCGCAGUCGCCUAGAGCGCCAACUCUCGGCAAACGGCCAAGCUGCCGAUGGAGAGAAUCAAGCAGUCGAAUCUCGCAUGCCGCCAUCGGGCGGCAUCGAUUAUCACUCGCUAGCGAAUGUCGCCAUGCUGAAAAUCGGAUCAUUGGAGCGCCAGGUAGCCGAACUUCGUCUUCAUUGCGAGGCGUUGGAGCAGUCGGAGACUAAAAGGGAUCAGGGAGAAGUCCAUUUGGAUUCAGGUCAGAGGUCAUUCCUUUGGGAGUAGCCGUCACUAUUUUGUACACGUCCAAGCACACACACAGCCAUGUCAUCACCUCGUCACCUGUCUUUUCCUCUUCCUGCUCGAGUUUCAUUCAUCGUCUAAAUUCGUUACUACUCUUUUUUUGUAUGUUUAUGAAGUCGAAAGUUGUACGAAAC